GAGAAGAAGAAGAAGAAGAAGAAGAAGAAAGGCGGAAAUUAGCAACACAUCAUUGAUCGAAGAACUAACGCAAAUGCAGACUGUUUUUAAUUAUUCCUUUGUACUUAUUCGCCAUAUGUGUGACGUGUGAUAGAAAAACAGAAUCAAAGCUUGUUUACGCUGAGAUAAACUCAGCGCCGGUUCUCUAAUAAGCUUUUUAGCGUGCUUGUUCUACUGGCUGAGAGAGUAAAGAGGACGCCGGUGUUAGCAACACUUCGUAAACAUAGAGCGAGUACGAUUGUGUAAAAAUGUGUAAAGUCCAAAUGUUUAGAGCGUUGAUGGAGCAGCGAUUAAAUGCUGCUGUUGAAGAGAUAUGUGGAUUAUUUGAAAGAAUCAUAGCAGAAUACGAGGCGGAACUUUCUCGAACAAAAGAGGAGAAAGAACGACAGCGGGAAGUACUGGAAGCUGUCCUCGAGCCUCGCUUGCGCAAAGCAGAAAACCAGCAGGGGUCAGUGGAGAGUCUAGAAGGGGUUACCUCUGAGCAUCAGGAGUGGAGCUCCAGUGUGUGUCAGGAGGAGCCACAGCACUCUCGCAUUAAAGUGGAAGAGGAGGAAGUGGGCACCAAUAUGGAUGGGGAGCAGCUUCAAGGGCCAGAGGAGGCUGACAUCACCAAGUUCCCAUUGACUGGUGUCCCUGUCAAGAAUGAAAAUGAUGAAGACAAAGCUCAGGCUAAUGGAGAGCAUUGUGGAAGACCAGAAUCAGACAGUCACCUCGCCCCACUCUCAGAUAUGGACGACAUGAUGUCACACUCUUCUGAGGCUGAUGACAGUGACGACACCAGAGAACCUGCUGAGAGUAACGACGACACACACUUUAUCUGCACAGAAUGUGGCAAAUCAUUUGGCAAGAUGAAAAUUUUAAGACAACACAUGAUGACACACAUUCAACGCAGCGACGCAGAGUUCAGCUGCCCUGAAUGUGGCAAAAUGUUUCCCAUAAAAAGAAAUUUGAAUCGACACAUGGUGACGCAUUCUGGAGUUAAGCCGCAUGCUUGCUCUGUUUGUGGUAAUAAGUUCUCGAGAAGUCACCACUUGAAAAGACACAUGAGGCUACACACCAAGGAGAAGGUUUUCCCCUGUUCAGUUUGUACCAAAAGAUUCUCACAGAGGUGCGACUUGGUGACACACAUGAGAACACACAAUCAGGAGCAAUCUCUACCCUGCAUGAUGUGUGCGAGGGGAUUCUCUAAAAAGUCCCAUUUGGAGAGACACAUCAGAACACACACAGGGGAGAAACCGUUUAGUUGUACUGUGUGUGAAAAAAGGUUCACACGCAAAGAACAUAUUAAAUUACACAAGUGUUCCGGUGAGAAAAACAGUACCUGAACGUGUAAUGGUUUAAUUUAUUUGAACAGUCAUACAAAUUACAUUGGAAUACAUCACACCAUACAAUUUGCAGCUCCACAAUAAGUAGGAAGAAGCAAAGCUGAUGUAAGCCCACCCUAUUCACUUCCUGUAUUCCAAAUGUAGGUGUGGGACUUCAAAUGAAGCCGAAAAGCUCAUGUUUUGUUAGUUGAUGGAUGAUUUUUUUACCAUCCAACAUUUUUUAGUCCAAUGAACAUUUUCCCAGGCCGAAUGAAGUAAAUGUGUUACUUAUUCUAGUUAUUGUGUUUACUUUGUAUGACAGAGCUUUCCUUGGCAAGCAAUGCAAUCUACUGUAUUAUUAGUGCAUUAAAACCUUCCACAGAGGUUGACUUAGCAAUGACUUUCUUUGUUGGGC